UUUCUUGAAAGCAAUAUAUGAUUAAAAAAAAAGCAAGCGCGUGAAGGGCAAAACUUGUCCGCCCCAAGGUUCUAUUUUAAGUCGGGCCGCUGACGUCAUGUUGAGUCAUUUCAAAACACCCUAAUGGGCUACACGUGAACAGGUGGAAUAUAGUGCUGAGAAGUUAUAUAAUGUUACCAGAGAGCAUCAAAUGAAGCGAAAUAGCCCGGGCUGCCUGUGAAUUAAAAGUAAACGUUAGGUUCGCGUUGUGAUACGGAUCGGUGACGCAGACUGAAACAGCAAAAGGAAACACCUGCCAAGAUUGUGUGACAAAAACACUUUAAAUUAAGCAAUGGUUCGAGGGUGUAGUUAGGCCCGACGCGACGAUGCGACGAUAAAGUACAGCCUCAAGAAAUGUAUUGCAUUUAUAACACGGUUACCAGCAACAUUAUGAAUAGUAACUUAAGUAAAUAGCUGCCUUUCAGCACAAAAUAUUAGUCUAGAGAAAAUAUAGUCCCCCUACGUCCAUGUAAACAGCAUUGGGUCCCGCAAAUGUCAACUAACAGUCGCGCAAAAUCUAUCAUGCGCAGUGAUAUGGAACGCUCAGGUCAAUGUGAACAGCAACUGUACGUUAUCGCCCGUGACUCUCUCUAAACCAAUGAGAACGCUGGAUUUCAUCUACCCGUGUUAUAAUGUAUUUAUAUGUAGCUAUGUGUAAAUAGAGAAUGGAAUGUGAUGAACAUGCGUCAGGUCAAUAUGUCCCCUGCAAAAGGAAACUUGGACAUGUGUUUCAAGUGCAAAGGAUGAAGCUUACUGUUACACAUCUGUUGGGUCUGUCCCUUCUAUUGGCACACACUUAUUGUACAGUGGCCAAGAAAGGAGGAGGGCUUGGUGGGAAAAUAAGCCUCUUUAAGAAGACCCCCAAAACAAAAAGUCCAGACAAAAAGCAAAACCAACCUAAACAACCCGAACAGUUCAACCGAGGAGGCUACCCUCAGCAACCAGCGCAGCCAGGAGGCUACCCUAAUCAAGGAGGUUACCCCAAUCAAGGAGGCUACCCUAAUCAAGGAGGUUACCCCAAUCAAGGAGGUUACCCCAAUCAAGGAGGUUACCCCAAUCAAGGAGGUUACCCUAAUCAAGGUCGAUACCCCAAUCAAGGAGGCUACCCCAAUCAAGGAGGUUACCCUAAUCAAGGAGGCAACCCUAAUCAAGGAGGAUACCCUAAUCAAGGUCGAUACCCUAAUCAAGGAGGAUACCCUAAUCAGGGAGGUUACCCCAAUCAAGGAGGCUACCCUCAGCAACCAGCACGCCCAGGCGGAUACCCUAAUCAGGGAGGUUACCCUAAUCAAGGAGUUAGACCAGGAUUCCCAGCUGGAGGUUACCCAGCACCGGGCUCCCCAUAUGGUGGAGGCUAUGGUGGUAAUGGAGGUUAUCCCGGUGGCUACAUCAACCAAAACCCAAACAACAGAGUCCUGAGCCCUCACUACGGGGGGAGCUUUGGAUAUGGGGGUCAGGGUGUGGGGGGCGGAUCUCCCUUUUCCCACUCAGUCCAGUCGAUGGGCAUGCGUCCCUCCGACAGAUCCAGAGGGUUCGGCCGCAGCGCGGUGAUGGCAGCGGCCGGAGGGGCCAUGGUAGGGAUGGCCCUGGGCUACGGACUUGGGAGGUUCCCCCGUCCUCCCUUCGGCUUCCACAACCCCCAGGAGGAGCAUUACUACAACCACUACAUGUACAGGAGGUACGGGGCCAAGUCCACCGACACCAACGACUACAGCCGGGACUACAGGUACAGCCAACCCCCUCAGACCUACGACAGCUACAUGGACUCCUGCAUGAAGAGGGCCGACCUGCUGCCAGCGGGGAAACCCAAGCCAAGCGACAACAACAACCCGGCCGCUACUACCACAGCGAAAAUGGCAACCACCUCAACGUCUUCUGUAACUAACACAACUAAUUCUGCUGUUCCAGAAGCGGACAUCAGCAGCAACACAACAAAGAGCAACGGAACUGCAGCGAGAAACUCCUCAACCUCCACCACUUCUUCCCCACUCAUUUUAGAUAAGUCCGAAGCCGUCUCAGUGCCUCCAGCUUUUCAGGUUCUCACAAAGGCUGCUACCGACGAUGGCGACGACACGGUGAGCAUCGUGGAGAUCGGCUACCCGGCACUGAUCGAGCAGGUGAAAGCGAGGAGGUGUGUGGAGCUGUACAUGGUCUACGCCGAAAAAUACUUGAAGAAAACAACGGAGACCAUCCCCACAGGUGGGGUGCAGCAACUGGAGACAGGCUUGUGGGGUCUCCUCGCUGUGCUUACCAGCUCAUUGCUGAUGUUGCUGAAUUGCAACAUGAAGCUGCUGCAGUGAGUCCUUCAUCAAAAGUUACAGUGAUGGAGAAAUAAAGAAAUGAGGUGUACAAUAAUAUUUAAGGUAUUAAGUGGCAGUUCGAUGAUUUCUAACAACCCAUAGCCAACAUUUUUAGAAAGAAAUAUUGAUGAGUUGUGAGUAGAUUGACAACUAUAAAAACUUUUCAUUUAUCCAAUACCGCACUAGACAGACAGACAUUGUGAGUGUGGACUGUGGAAUCUGGUUUUAUUUGUUCCAACCAACUUUCCAGUGAUUGGUUUGAACCCUGCAGCUGGAACGUGAGGCGAUGGACUGCGUAUUUAAACGGCCUAGUUCAAAGCAAAAUUAGAUCAUAACAAUAUAGUUUGCAUUGGAAUGUUGUUCAUUUUGGUUUUUACACUGAGAGUAUUUGUAAUGGAUUAUAACUAUUUGAAACAUGUACUAAACUUUACUGAACAUGUUAUUAUGAUAUAUUACAUAUUACAUGAUAUUAUGUUAUUUGAAAUACAAGAUACCCAAACAGCUUUUUUAUAUUUUAUAUUUAUGUGUGGAUUGGAUUUUCUUUUUUUAAAUACAGAUUUUUUGUUCUGGCACCUGAAGCAACCACAGCAGAGCUUAGCUAACUUGAAAUUCUUUGCUCUCUUCUUUUGAUAUGAAUGAAACAAAAUGCGGCCAACUAGCAGCUGAGAGGUUUUGAGCUCAAUAGACAGCGGCUAAAAGCUUUACUCCAGUCUGCAUGAACUCUACUUUUAAAGGUUAUACAUUUAUUAUGGAUACCAGCAUUGAAUGACAAUCUAACACCUUUUGUUUUUGUCCUCCGAGGAUCAUUGCUACUUUAAGCCAGACAUGGAAGAAACAGUCACAGUAAAUAGUUAUCAGCCCCUUUUACCUCAGGUAAGACACACAUUAUAUAUUCAUUUUCAGAUGCACCUGCGCCUUAUAUUCUAAACCAGUUCAGCACCUGCGAUCCUGUAUUGAGUACCAGUUCAGAACAAACACUGCGUCAGAGAAUAAUCACCACCGAUGUCAAACCAUCCGCGGAGCUGUUUUCGUUUUUUCCUCAGCUCUAUAUUUGCGACAUGUUGUGCUACCAAUAUUUUAAAAAAUAAACAGAAAAUUGAAGAAAAAAAACCCCCAAUGACAUAAA